AUGCCGCAGUCAUCAACACCAACUGACCCUGCUGCUAUCAGCGCCAGAAGUAGUCGGUCAUCUGUCUCUGCCAUUCCACGUCCAACAUCUGGCACAUCUCGCCGUGCCACACCGAGUGGUAUCGGCGGCAACCAAGCAUGUUCAGGGCUGGGCAAGCCAAUCUUCGAUCAAGGACAAAAUCUUAGGAAACCAUGGAAUCUCAAUGAUGGUGCACCUCCUUCAUCCUUUCGCAUGCCUCAAUCCUCAUCGAUCAGCCCAGAAUCUCUUCCGCCGUACGCUCACCGGUCUCGGCAGGAUGUCUCUGGCGUCCGACAACAGCUCUACAUCCGUAAUUUAUCGACAAAAUCUUUGAACGAUCCAGAAUCCGCAACAUCGCCUCAAUUCAAACAUGGCAGUGGCCUUCCCAAGUCAAAGACCAUGACAAACCUCUUUUCCUUGCCACGAGACAUCACUCCGAAACGCUUGCUGCAACCACUCGGGCCGCCACUACCAAGAACACAAACUCUUGGGAACAUGACGUGCUUCGGCUCGACGAGCUCGACGCCGUCUCCAAGAAAGCCGACUUCGAUUACAGUAUCAACGCUGAGGAGGAACCACGAUGAUGCAAGUCAACUCCACAUGGCAGAUGUGCUAAACGAAAGCAGAAUGACAGACAAAGAGAUGGAAUUGAUGCUACAAGUACAGAGAGAAGCGGCCGUAAACCGUAUCCGCCUCAGGAAUUCAAUCGGAGGACGUCAUGCAGCGAGCGAAUAUCCGUCACCACCAGGUACAGCGCAGCCUUGGGCGACGGACUGGCAUAAGAGCACACCAUGCAUUACACUUCCAGUUCAAGACGCGAUACCACCUCGACGACCUGCUGCCCUUCAACGAAAAUCCUCAUCUGGCCGCCUACUCUCAAUCAAUCCGACUAUAGCCAAUCAGUAUUGCGUCGAUAGUGAUCCCCCUACCGCAACGACAGUGACAAGCGCGACGGGGUCUAGUUGGAGUGGACCACCAAUCAAACCCCAAACUGACGAGACCCAGGUAUGUCGUGCAGAGAGCACACAGUAUUGGGCCGGCCGGUACGUGUCCUUGAGCGACCGCCUUAGGAAAGAAGAGAUGCAGAGUACGAAGCCGCUUUCCCUCCUAGACUCAACCAACAAGAAGCUCGACCACAUGUUUGAGACCGCCGAAAGAGCUCGAAUCAGAACCUCCUUGAAGGAAUUGAGACAAUGUUGUAUGACAGGAGAAGCCUUGGAGAGUCUUGAAAAUUUCGAAGCUAGACUGUUGGAGAAGCUUGGGAUCCAGCGUCAGAGUCUCUAUCGCGCAGAAAGUUCUGUUCCUUCGGACAAUGACCCACGACUAAAGGUUUCGGGCAGUGGUGGCUUAAGGUCUUCAAUGGCGUGGAGCUUGCCGCGCUCUCCUGGCAACACCUCCACACCGACAAGUGUUGUCUCGAGCAUCAACGCCGAAGCUGUCAUGACUAGCCACCCAAAUGCAUUCUACGGCGACGGCGGCAUGGCAAAAAGCAAGACGACGGGGAAUCUGGCAUCCUUUAUUCCUACGAUUACAAAGAAGCAAAGAAAUCCCACGGUCAAGACCGAUUCGGAGCCAGAUACUAGUGAAUCAAAGUCGCAUCGACGCAGGACGUCGUAUUUUGAAUGUUCUCCCGAGUUUCGAGCCCAGGUUAUGAAGCAAAGGGAAGCUCGAGCGGCACGCAGAGCUGCCGAGACUCAUCGACGUUCUGGUUCACGUGUGCUGUCCAUUGGUCUGGUUAAGAGCGGGAGUCGAAAUCUCGAAUCGCAAUCAAUUUCAAAGGACACUCCCCUUGCAGAAAGAGACCGUGGUGAGACCUUUGGUAGCAAGGUCCACAAAUUUGACCCGGUGGUGAGAAGUCUUGACUGUGCCAUGUUAGAGAGUGGCCAUGGCAUCCCGCCCACAGCCCCGACAACCGAUGCUUUCUCUCCGCCGCUUGAAGUGGUCACUGUAAAUGGUGGCGAGGAGAAGGUAAUCAAGUCGCGCCGCAGACGCGAGAGGCAACUCAGCGGAGAAAUGGUGAAGAACUUCUUUGGCGCAGGAGUCCGUGAGGUGAGGAAGAUGGGUCGACGAGUUGGAGCAAUGAGUUUGGGAAGCAGUGAGGAUUUGGUGCCUCCGGGUCAAAAGUAGAUUCAGGCCAAGUUCUGUGUUGGCAAAACGACUAUUUUGUAGAACCGAG